CCUGCUGAAAGCAGCUGUAUCAACUUUUCCUGUGUUUUUAUACAGUAUUUUUGUUUAAUUAUGUUCAUUUACCGUGGUUAAAUAGUUAAUAACAAAAUGUCGAGCCGUCGUUCGUUGCUCGGAUCGGCUUUAGAUUCGUUGCCGGCACCAACAGACCCAUUACGUGAAUUGUUUGAAGCUUGCAAAACAGGAGACGCAAAUCGAGUGAAAAAAUUGGUAAAUUCUCAAACUGUAAACGCAAGGGAUACUGCAGGACGCAAAUCUACGCCUCUUCACUUUGCCGCAGGUUAUGGCCGCCGUGAAGUUGUUGAGAUCCUUAUAGCGGGUGGUGCAGCACUACAAGCUCGCGAUGAAGGUGGUCUGCAGCCAUUACACAAUGCAUGUUCCUUUGGUCAUGCUGAUGUGGUCAGGGCAUUACUGUCUGCAGGAGCUCCUCCAGCAGCUAGGGAUAAUUGGGGCUACACACCCUUACACGAGGCUGCUGCUAAAGGGAAGGUCGAUGUCUGUAUUGCAUUACUUCAACAUGGAGCUGAUCCGAACAUACGGAAUACAGAGGGAAAGACUCCACUUGAUUUAUCCGAUUCUGUAGCGAGGCCUGUACUCACAGGCGAAUACUGCGCCUCAGACGUGUUGGAAGCAGCCAGGUCCGGCGCAGAUGACCGUCUGGCGUCACUCUUAACACCACUAAAUGUAAACGUACAUGCCAGUGAUGGAAGGAGAUCCACUGCCUUACAUUUGGCAGCCGGCUACAACAGGGCCAGGGCGGUGAGGCUGCUCCUUCAGAGAGGGGCAGAUGUUCACGCUAAGGAUAAAGGCGGUCUCGUGCCCCUGCACAACGCCUGCUCGUAUGGGCAUUAUGAAGUGACGGAAUUGUUGGUGCGAGCUGGUGCCGAUGUGAAUGCGACUGAUCUCUGGGCCUUUACACCGUUGCAUGAAGCUGCUAGCAAGGCGAGGUUGGAGGUCUGCUCGCUACUACUCAGCGAAGGUGCAGACCCGACAUUACUGAACUGCCAUGGAAAGUCAGCAUUAGAUGUUGCACCUACGAGAGAACUUAGGGAUCGACUCGCCUUUGAAUUUCGUGGCUACUGUUUGUUGGAGGCGUGUCGUUUAGCUGAACCAGCUAGAGUGAAGAAACAUUUGUCAAUAACGAACUCACAGGACGUCCAAUCGACCAGCGGUCAAUCGAUAGCGGGUUCGAUUCCAAAUGAAAGGAUAACUGAAUUAGUUAACUUUCAACAUCUUAGUACAGGUGAUCGGCCCCUGCACUGUGUGGCUGGUAGUGUUUAUCCGAAACGAAAACAGGUUAUAGAGAGCCUUUUACGCAAAGGCGCACGUGUCAACGAAAAGAACAACGCGGGACAAAGUGCUUUACACGUGGCGACCGAACACUCGCAUUUGGACGCCAUGGAUCUCUUGUUACGACAUGGUGCAAAGGUUAAUGCAUGUGAUGGUCGUGGAGAGAGUGCUCUGUCGUUGGCAGCGCGAAGGGAUUCUGCUGCCGCUUGUCGGUUACUGUUAGCAUGUGGGGCGGAUACCCUGGACUCGCAACAUACACAGCAUGAUGCAUGCUCAAACGCGGCCGCUCUUCGGCUUCUAGAAGCGGCUAGAACGGGUGAUGUAGAAACUGCUAGAACUAUAUUGGAUUCUCGGCCGCGAUUGGUGAAUUGUCGUGAUGUUGAUGGAAGGCAUUCAACGCCAUUGCAUUUUGCCGCUGGAUACAACAGACUGCCACUAGCUCAGCUUCUUCUGCAAAGAGGUGCUGAUGUGCACGCUAAGGAUAAAGGCGGUCUUGUGCCCUUACACAACGCCUGCUCGUACGGCCACUUUGAAGUGACAGAACUGUUGGUUUCUGCUGGGGCUGGUGUCAACGCGGCUGACCUGUGGCGUUUCACACCCUUGCACGAGGCUUCUGCUAAGGGCAAGGCGGAUAUCGUCAGGCUGCUUUUAAAGCAUGGAGCUGACCCAACGCGUAGGAAUCGCGAUGGCUUAACCCCACUCCAGUUGGUGCGAGCUGGUGAUAGUGAUACGGCUGAUGCGCUGAGGGGUGAUGCGGCGUUGUUGGACGCCGCUAAGAGGGGAGACCUCGCUAGAGCUAGAAAACUAAUAACCGCACAAAAUGUCAACUGCCGUGACGCGCAUGGAAGGAAUUCUACGCCUCUUCAUCUCGCUGCCGGAUACAACAACCUGGAAGUAGCAGAAGCCCUACUGGAAGCGGGGGCAGCUGUAUCAGCCAGGGACAAAGGGGGACUAGUACCACUUCACAAUGCAGCAUCUUACGGGCAUUUAGAAGUUGCAGCGUUGUUACUACGAGCUGGAACUCCCCCCAAUGCUGCUGAUCGUUGGGGCUUUACUCCCCUUCAUGAAGCUGCUCAUAAAGCCAGAACGCAAUUGUGCUCUUUGUUGCUCGCUCAUGGGGCAGAUCCCUUCCUGAAGAACCAAGAGGGGCAAACAGCCCUGGAACUGGCGGGGGCUGACGACGUACGGUCCCUGCUGUCAGACGCAAUGACGGGAGCGGCAGGCGGCUCUUCCGACUCGGAGGCCGUGUCCGUCCCGACAGCCUCGCUCUUACCCCCACCACAGCUGCCGGUCCUCUUGCCUAGUGGGGAUACAGUGCCACUUCCGCUUCCGGUAAUGGCAAGCAAUUACUGGUCGGAGGGGUCAAGAGGAAGCUUGGAAGACGCAGCGGGUAGACCUGCAUCAGCCCUCUCAACUUCUGAAUCUCUUCAAACGUUUCUUACUAGCAUCGGCCUAGAGCAGUUGGCGACGGUGUUGGAGAGGGAGCAGAUUACGGUGGACAUCCUCUCGGAGAUGUCACACGAGGAUCUCCGGGCGAUAGGCGUGGCUGCGUACGGGCACAGGCAUAGGUUGAUGAAGGCCGCCAGGCACAGUCUGCAAUCGCAUUCCGAAUGGUACGGCGGCACGACUCUCGUGGACGUGGCGUGUGGGGCCGGAGAAUGUGGUGAUAGUGAAUAUGUGAUAAUAGAAAGAGAGAUGCAGGCUUCGGUGCGAGCUCAUCGCGAUCACGCUGGUGGCCACUUCACCAGAUACAACGUUGUUAGGAUACAAAAAAUUGUGAACGGCCGCCUAUGGGAGCGUUACGCGCGUAGACGCAGCGAGGUGACUGAAGAGGCGGGAGGCGCGAGUGAACGGAUGCUCUUCCACGGUUCGCCGUUCAUCAACGCUAUCGUUCAGAAGGGGUUCGAUGAACGACACGCUUAUAUUGGUGGAAUGUUCGGCGCGGGAAUAUACUUUGCCGAACAUUCGUCGAAAAGUAAUCAGUAUGUAUAUGGGUUCGGCGGUGGAUCCGGCUGUCCGGCCCACAAGGACCGGAGUUGCUAUCUCUGUCAUAGACAAAUGCUCCUAUGCCGUGUAACAUUGGGGCGGGGCUUUCAGCUGGCAACUGCCAUGAAGAUGGCUCAUGCUCCGCCUGGUCAUCAUAGCGUUGCCGGCCGUCCCACUACCGGGGGUCUGUGCUACCCCGAGUACGUGGUUUAUAGAGGGGAACAGGCGUAUCCCGAAUACCUUAUAACGUAUCAAAUCGUCUGCGAAGAGGAGCCACAAGGAGACGUAUAGGUGACAGUUUGACGUUAACUGUCAGUAUUGUAGCUAAUGACAUGUGUCAGUUCCUCUAAUUUUGCCAGUGCAAAGCCGAUUAGCAUAAUUUGGUGGUGAAUUGUUCGUUAUGCAUUUUGCAACGCAAAAACAAAGUGUCACGAGUCGAGCGAUGUCAUUUUGACAGACAUGUCAGAUGUCAUCAUUUAAAUCCUAAGCGUUGUAUAGUUCUUUAAAUGUGAGACAAUGUCAAAUUUUACGAAUAAAAUGCAACUUAGAUGUC